AUGGAAUUAAAUUGUGUUCAAUUUCUUCAAAACAAGACGAUUCUUGUCACUGGAGCUACCGGUUUCCUUGCCAAAGUGUUUGUGGAGAAAAUUUUGAGGGUGCAACCAAAUGUGAAGAAGCUUUACCUUGUUGUGAGAGCAUCCGACAAUGAAGCCGCGACGAAACGCUUACGCGCUGAGGUCUUUGAGAAAGGUCUUUUUAAGGUGUUGAGAGAGAAUCUAGGCGAAGAAAAUUUGAAUACAUUGUUGUCCGAAAAAGUCGUCCCGGUCGCAGGUGAUAUUGCCACCGAUAAUUUGGGCGUGGAGGACCCCAAUCUCAGAGAACGUAUGCAAAAAGAAAUCGAUGUUGUUGUUAAUGUCGCAGCUACAACAAACUUUGACGAAAGAUAUGACGUUGGGCUUGGAAUCAACACAUUUGGAGCUCUCAAUGUCCUCAAGUUUGCCAAAAAAUGUGUUAAAGCACAAUUGCUUCUCCAUGUCUCUACCGCUUAUGUUUGCGGAGAAACGCCAGGUCUCCUGCGUGAAAAAACUUUCGUAAUGGAAGAGAUUCGAACCGAGAAUGGUCUUCAAUUGGAUAUAAACCUUGAAACGGAACUGAUGAAGCAAAGAUUGAAAGAACUCCAUGAACAAGAUUGCUCGGAAGAAGACAUUGACCUCUCCAUGAAAGAACUUGGCAUGGAACGGGCAAAGCUUCAUGGAUGGCCAAACACAUAUGUUUUCACCAAAUCAAUGGGGGAGAUGCUUCUUGGUAACCAUAAAGAAAAUCUUCCUCUUGUCAUCAUCCGCCCCACGAUGAUCACUAGCACUUUUUCCGAACCAUUUCCUGGUUGGAUUGAAGGGCUAAGAACCGUAGACAGCGUGAUUGUUGCAUACGGAAAGGGAGUGCUCAAGUGUUUUCUUGUCGAUGUAAACUCGGUCUGCGAUAUGAUACCAGUGGAUAUGGUGGCCAACGCAAUGAUGAAGGCUGCAGCUACACAUGCUGGAUGUUCAGGUGUCCACAUGGUGUACCAUGUCGGUUCAUCGCACCAGAACCCAAUUACAUUUGGAGAGCUUCAUGAGAUUGUGGUUCGUUACUUCACCAAAAACCCUUUGCGUAGUCGCAAUGGCUCGCUCAUACCCGUCUCAAAUGUGAGGCUUAUAUCAACCAUGACUUUGUUCAGCCUCUACAUGACCCUACGUUUCAAGCUUCCUCUACAGAUAUUAAAAUUGAUUGAAAUAAUAUAUCCUUGGAGAAACGGAGAUAAAUACGGAGACCUGAACCGCAAAAUCAAUUUGGUGAUGAGACUAGUAGAGCUUUACGAGCCUUACGUACUCUUCAAGGGCAUAUUCGACGAUAGAAACACUAAGAGUUUAUGUGCGAGUCAAAAGGAAGAGGAGAGCAAAGAUUCAAAAGGAUCGAUGAUGUUUGAUUUCGACCCAAAAGGCAUUAAUUGGGUAGAUUAUCUCACAAACAUACAUAUUCCUGAGCUCUUCCUCUUCCGCCAUUGUCGCUUCUUCGAACACUCUAAAGCUUGUAGCUUCCUGCUCCUCAAAAUCUUCUUGAUAAAAAUGAAGGUUGUCGCUGCUUUCCUCCUCGCUGUUCUUGGCGGAAACGCUAAUCCAUCCGCUGAUAAUAUCAAGGAUAUCAUUGGAGCUGUUGGUGCUGAUGUUGAUGCAGAGAGCAUUGAGCUUCUUUUGAAAGAAGUGAGUGGUAAAGACAUCACCGAGCUGAUUGCUUCCGGCAGGGAGAAGUUGGCCUCUGUGCCAUCUGGUGGCGGUGUGGCUGUUGCGGCUUCUUCUCCAUCAAGCGGCGGUGGUGCUUCCUCUGCUCCUGCAGCUGCAGAGAAGAAAGAAGCCAAGAAGGAAGAGAAAGAAGAGUCCGAUGAUGACAUGGGAUUCAGUCUCUUCGAAUAG